AUGGCGUCGAACCUCCCUUUACCUAUUCCUCCACGUACCCCGACCCCGCCAUCGGACGACGGCACAGUCCAUGCUCCGCACGUCAAUGGAGGACUAUCUAUUGAUCGCGAUGCCUUGUCGCCUCUCAAGGAUACAUUCCCCAAGAGCGCUAUUUUGGAACCAGUGAACUCGGAUCGCCUUAGCCCUACCAAGGCUUCAUUCAGCUUUGGAACCGGGCCUGCAGAGGAUGUGACACCGACGGAAAAUGGCUCGGGCGACUCUCCUUCGGCGGGGCCGUUCAAUUUCAAUACCAACGUCAUGGCAAAGAGCCCGGUGGUCAAGUCGAACAUUGGACAACGUCGUGGCCACAAAUACAAGCACAGCAGUAUCUCGCAUCAAAUUUUCCUCGAGCCCCCUCCACGUGCGCCCUUGGCUCUUCCCAAUUCACUACCUAUGCCAACAAUGAAAGAAUGCCGACUUAGCAUGUCAAAGGACCAGAAGACACGGUUUUGGUGGAGUGUAUGCCACAUGUUCGUUGCCGCCUAUACCCUUUGGACGGCGCACGGGUCACUGGCUAUGACGGCAUUAUCCCAUUUGAUAUUGUUUGACUCACUUGGAGCUCUUCUUUGCGUAGCUGUGGAUGUCCUGGGUAACUUCGAAGUCUGGAAGAGAUCUAGCAUUCGCCACCCAUUCGGUCUCGAACGUGCCGAAGUCCUGGCUGGAUUUGCUAUGUGUGUGCUUCUUCUGUUUAUGGGCCUUGACCUGAUCUCCCAUAAUCUACAGCACUUUCUUGAAAAAUCGGGUCAUGAGCCCCACCAUACGCAUGCUCAUGAACGCGUUUCCCUGGGCAGCGUGGAUAUUACGGCCGUGCUGGCUAUUUCCUCGACCCUGGUUUCUGCAAUUGGAUUGAAGAACCAUGCGCGAAUUGGAAAGGCUAUGCGCUUUGGAUAUAUUGAGUCUCUUCCUUCGGUGCUGAGCAACCCGUCGCAUUUCUUGACUCUUUCGUGCUCCGCCCUUCUCUUGCUGUUGCCUCUGGUGUCAAUUCGCAUCUAUGAUUGGCUUGAUAAGCUCCUGUCUGGCACGAUCGCCCUUUCAAUGUGCUUCCUUGGAGUGCGAUUGGUGAAAACCCUGGGAUCAAUGCUUCUCAUGUCCUACUCGGGCCAAGGGGUGUCUGAUGUCAUCAAAGAUAUCGAGGCGGACCCGGCGGUGUUCGGUGUUGAUGAAGCGAGAUUCUGGCAGGUUCACUACGGCCUUUGCAUGGCCAAUCUCAAGCUACGUGUUUCUGGCACAGAGGAUGGCAUUGGUCGACUACGAGAGAAGAUAUCAAGCUUGAUUCGCAAUCGUCUUGGUGGUGGAUAUGGAACUGGAGGACAGAAGUGGGAGGUGUCUCUCCAGUUCACUGUCGAACGAACAUAA